CACUGACAAUAUUGGAAGGUUCCUUUUGACAUUUUAAGAGAUAUUGUACAAAUUAUAUACACAUAAGUUAAUAUUUCUACGUGCUAAAGUUUCGAAUAAUUAAUUAAUAAAACGCUCAAUAAACUUAAUUUCUCUCUGGACAAUGUGUGGUAGAACGUCUUGCUACUGCCAGCCUGAAACUUAUAGAUCGGCUACCGGAUAUUUUGAUCCAGAGAGUGGAAAAUAUGUCCGACCGGAUUGGAAAGAUGUUGACGGACAUGAGUUCAAGUCAUCGACAAAUGUGGCACCGACAGAUUUCACGCCUGUUCUGAUCCCAGGGUCUAUCUGGGAGGAUGUCAAAACCGAUCGUGCCCUUCAGCCGAUGAUGUGGGGGAUGAUCCCACCAUGGCAUCAGGGUGAUUAUAAAACUCACGGCUUAUCGACUAACAACUGUAGGAUCGAGAAUAUUCGCAAAUCAAAACUUUAUUCGCCCAGUCUUAAGGGGAAAAGGUGCGUAAUUAUCUGUGAUGGCUUUUACGAAUGGAUGUCGACCAAGGGUAGCAAGAAACAGCCUUAUUUUGUGUACAGCCCACAACCAGAAGGGAUAAAAGCUGAGGAAAUCGCUUCUUGGGAAAAUGGCACUUGGUGUGAAGAAAAAGGUUGGAUUGGACCUAAUAUCUUAAAGAUGGCUGGUCUUUUCAACGAGUGGCAUUCACCUUCAGAUGAAGUUAUGUUCAGUUACACAGUGAUAACAAUGGAAGCGAAUAAAACAUUAAACUGGUUACACCAUAGGAUGCCCGCAAUUCUUUCAAACGAGGAGCAAGUCUUGGGAUGGCUAGACGUUGAGGGUACCGAAGUUGUUGAUGCUCUGGAACUUUUGACUCCUGUGGAGAAAAUAAGCUACCAUCCUGUAUCAACAAUUGUCAACAAUUCGCGCAAUAAAGAUACAAGUUGUAAUAAACCAUUUGAUAUAAAAAACGUGGAUAACAAGAGUAGUAGUUUUAUGCAGGCUUGGUUGGGCAAAGGAAAAAAAGAAAGUUCAACCUCGAGUUCAGAAUCAACUCCAAAUAAAAAAAUAAAGCUAGGUUGAGAUAUAGUUUGUUGUUUAUUUCUGUAUAUAUGUUUGGGUUAGGAUUUUGUAUAUAUGUCUAAUGAAAGAAACAUAGUACAUUUCUGUAAUUGUGUUUGUUAAUAUAAUUUAAAAUAAACAAUGCCAUCUGUUUUUUUUGAA